AUGCCUACGAAGAAGAAAACACUGAUGUUUUUAUCCAGCUUCUUUACCAGCUUCGGGUCAUUCGUCGUAGUCUGCUCCAUGCUCGGGACUCAAGAAUGGGUCAGCAGUCAGAUUGGCAUCAGUGACUCGUCUUCAAACGGUAGUCUUGUUAUCACCUAUGGGCUUUUUCAAGGCAAGAGUCACCAAGAAUUCAGUCAUGGACUUGAGGAAUCACAAAAAGGCUUUGAAGUUCUAGAGAAGUUGAACAAUUCUUCCCGAAGAACGCUGCACCUGGUGGCCGUCCUGCUGCUGGUGCUCAGCCUGUGCACGUCGCUGCUGAGUUCUGGGUUCACCUUCUACAACAGCAUCAGCAACCCCUACCAGACGUUCCUGGGGCCCGUGGGCGUGUACACCUGGAGUGGCCUUGCUGCGUUGUUCGUUUUCCUGACCAUGAUACUGUUCGUGGCCAACACACAAUCCAAUCAUCUCUCGGAAGAGCUGGCCCAGACGCUGUACCCACUGUAUCCAACAACCACCUACAGAGGAACGACCCACAGCUACGGUUACUCGUUUUGGCUCACGCUCCUCGUCAUUCUUCUAAGUGUUGUCACCGUGGUCAUCAUCGUUUUCUACCAGAAGGCCAGGCACCAGCGGAAACAGGAGCAGAGAAAGCCAAUGGAAUACGCUCCCAGAGAUGGAAUUUUAUUCUGAACUCUAUGUUAUGUUGUCUCGUCAUUAUGUCUAGUCUGUUGUACGUCAGCCCCCGAGAGGUUACUGGCUAGCUUGUCUGGACAAUCCGCAUGGUUAAGGGCAGCCCUGGUUGGCUGUCACUUUGUGAUAGUUUUGUAUCUCGUGACGCUUCUUAAAUGAUGUACCCUUGACCAGCUUUCUUCCCUCUAGGGUGGGGAAGAUGAAAGAGAAAUGUGUGCAGGCCAUGCAGCUUCAAAGCAGUAGAAUGAUUCCAAGACCAUGGGAUCCUUCCAGCCGGGUCUCACUCCCUAAGAUAAUAAAGGUUUGUGGUACGCACCUUUACUUUAAGUAGCUCAAAGCACUUUAGCACCUAGGCUCUCCUCCUCAGGAGGGACCAGGUAUUUUUUAUUCCACUGUAUGAACAAACACUUUCAGGUACAGAGGGAUUCAGAACUCAUCUUUCCAGGACCAGGUGUUGGAGGCAAAAGGUGGGUGAGACUUUGGGGUAAAUUCCCUGGUCCCCAGGGCCCCUAGUUGUUGACAAAAUUCAAAACCAGUGGUGGGUAGGAGUAUUGAUAUAUGACCUUCAAACCCAUUUUUGAGGUGGCAGGGUGCAGUUUUUAUAUGGAAAAGACUAGGAAGUGAGAAGAUUAAGAAAGACAAAAAUUAUAGCCCUGCAGCCUUCACACUAGGGAAGCUAAAUGUAUUUUUGGUUUAGAAGGAUUGCGGUGAAUUAGUCAAAACGAAAAUGUCACAUUGCAACAAGUUCUGGUAACCGACCCUUUGCCGUUGACACAGUCUGGUUGCCCGGAUGGGAGUGUGUCAGCCCCAGCAGAAUCCGGCCCAGCCAGAGGCCAAUAAAUGGCUUAGAGCACCGUGGCUUGCUGGCAUUCCCCGAGCCGAGGCCAGGGCAGACGCAGAACACAGAUGCUGGUUUGCCCUCUAGAACAGGUGGAUAGAAUCGAUUCACAGUCUCAUGAGAACACAACAGGCAACUAGGAAAUUUUUGGAGAGCUCCCAAAUGGAUUAGACCUACUUUGCCAGUACGAUAUUCUUCCAGAAAAUCCCUUUGAGGAUCUUUUGAGCUUGAAUAUCCCACUAGUCAGUCAGAGUGAACACGGACAGGAUUCUGAAAUAACAACUCUGUCAUGUCUUGAUGUAAGCAAAGCCAAACAGAGCAGAAGUCUCUCGGUGUAGUUUACAAAAUGUCGUGUCUUUGGACGGAAAGAUACAUCCUUUCUGAAGCUAUUAGGGAUUCGUGACCUUCUUGUCUACUAUUUUUUCACAAUCUGUCUUAGAAAUAAUAUUUUUUCAUUCAAGAAACAUGAAUUGAAUACCUGUGAUGUGAUCAGUCCUGUGCCAACCCGGAUACCUGCCCCCCACGGAGCUUACUGUUGAGAAGUCAAGACAGACAUUGCAAAAGCAGGUGUUACAUUCCACGUAAAACAGGUACUUAGUCACAAAACUGUGCUCAUUCUCUGAAAAGUCAGUUCUCUAUAACCACCCACCCCGAAGUCAAGGUUACUCCAAUAAAUUAACUUGUGCAACUUUGAGCGCAUUAAAAAUAUGAUUCUCAACAGUGAAAA